AUGACCGAUAAAGCUCGUCUUGCUAACCCGAAUGCCAUUAUCAAGACAGUAAUUUUAUCGGAUUUAGAAAAAGAACCAAAAAUUAAUAUCACUUAUAGCGACGGAAAAAAAGUUCACAUUCGAGCGGGCGAUAAAACAAUUGAACACGUUUUAACGAUUGUAAAUAAACAUAUGCGAAAAUUGCAAGAGGAUGAAGAUUUUACAACUUAA